AUGAACAAAGAAGUAGUUCCAAGUGGUAGUGGUAGUAGUAGCAAUAAUGGAGGUGCAAGAAGCACUAGAAGAAGUACUGAAGAUGACACCAAUAGAAAUUAUGACAAAUUGUAUGACAAUUACAAUGAAUCUCAGAAUGAAAUCAACAAUAAUAAUGAAGAAUAUGACAAUUCCGGUGAUCUUUAG